AAAUUACCUAAGAAAUAGUAAAGUUCAAUAAAUCCCACUGAACGGAAGCAGAGGUAGGGUUUUGGGGCCAUUUCCAAUUCAAAAUUUGGAUUUGAAAUUGAAACAUGUUAGUGCUCACCUUCAGUUUGUGUUAUUCUCAGUCUUCCAGAAUUAAACGAUUUGUUUCUCUUCAACAUCCGCUGCUACUCUGCAGAAAUUUCACCUCAGAAAUCUCAGAAAACCACAACGAUUUCACCGUCAAUUACCUCAUAAACUCAUGUGGGUUGUCCCCAGAAGGUGCAAUUUUAACCUCCAAGAGGACGAAGCUGCGUUCUCCCGAAAGACCAGACUCCGCUUUGUUCUUUCUCAGAAACCAUGGAUUCUCUCAAACCCAGAUCUCCAAGAUCGUCAGGUCAUGCCCACACGUUCUCCAUUCCGAUCCUGAUAAAAUCCUUCUGCCAAAGCUUGAAUUUUUCAGGUCUCUUGGAGUUUCAAGGGAGUGCCUUGCAAAAGUUUUGGAACGUCAGCCCACUCUUUUGUCUGCAAGCUUGGAAAAUCGGAUUAUACCCACUUAUAAUUUUCUUAAGAGUAUGGUUUCUGAGAAAAAUGUCGUUUCUGUUUUCAAGUCGGGCUCGCGGAUUUUCGUGGAGGGCCACUGCAAGAAUGUUGUCCCAAAUAUUGAGAUUUUGAAAGAAUCAGGUAUGCCCCAAUCAUGCAUUUCUCUGUUGCUUGUUCAUCACCCCAGCACUUUAAUGCUAAAGCCUGCAGAGAUUGGUAAAGUUGUGGACGAGGUUAAGCAAAUGGGUUUUAAUCUGCAAAUAUCAACUUCGGUGAUGGCAAUAAGAGCAUUGUGUGGUAAGAAUAGGCCCGUAUGGAAUCGAAGUCUCCAAGUUUAUAAGAGAUGGGGUUGGUCUGAAGAUGUUGUGCUCUCUGCUUUCCGGAGGUGCCCUUGCUGUAUGACUGUGUCGGAGAAGAAAAUAACGCUAGCACUGGAAUUUGUAGUGAUAAAGAUGGGGUGGCCGUCGGUAAUGAUUGCCAAAGCCCCAGUGGUCAUGUGUUACAGUUUGGAGAAGAGAUUUAUCCCCCGCUGUUUGGUUGUUAAAGUUUUGUUGCUGAAAGGAUUGGUGAAGGAUAUUGAAAACGUGAGUUUGUGUUCUGUGUUGGUGCCUACAGAAGAGUGCUUCUUGGAGAGGUAUGUGGCCAGAUAUAAAGAUGAAGUACCUCAGUUAUUGAGUGUGUAUCAUGGAAAAGUUGGAGUCGAGGAUGUAUGAUGUUUCGUGGGUCAAAAGAGGUUAGGUAUUGUAAAAUUUUUGGACGCCUCGAUGCAGCUGCAGAACUACUCAUUGCCAUUGGUAGCAGCUAGCUUUUGGCUCAGGAUUACAAGUCGGUGUCCUUAACUGCUGUUUUAAUAUUUUUCUAUGAAUGAGUUCAGUCGUUAAUCGUUUGUUAGUAUUAACGUUCCAGUGUCUAGCUACUUUAGUUAUAUAUAUGCUUUCUUAUUUGAAAUUAACUUGAGAUUUGAUCUGCUCUGCUGUCUGUGAUUGUGGCGCCUUCAACUUUAAGAUUGAUGGUCAUUGCCAAGAGUUCA